GCUACAUCACCUUUCUGGAGAACUGGCUUAUAGGAAAGGAGUUUCCACGGCGCGAUGGCGAUCGGAAGCGUAUGAUCGCCUUCCAGGAAGCGCUGAACUAUUCCCACUCGAAAUAUUGGGAGAAGAUGUAUCCUCAGAAUUACUACCUCGUUCUGCUUGCAACCCAUCCAGACUAUCGUCGGCGCGGUGCGGGCACUGCGCUCACUCAAUGGGGUGUUGAUCAGGCUCUGGCUGCUGGCAUUGACGUAGGCCUUGAGGCAAGUCCGAUGGGAUUUCCACUGUACCAGCAUAUGGGCUUCGUGCUGUUGGAAAAUCUGGUGAUUAGGCCGGAUGCGGAUGACGAUCCGGCGAGUAUGCUGCUGAGGAUAAUGGUAUAUGACAAGAACAACAAGUUCUCAAUGGUCUAA